AUGGGCUUCGACUGCGGCUUUGACAUCUAUCCCAGGCUGGACCCGGCCAAGGAGACUGACAAACGGGCAUACCGUGAAUUUCUCGACGAAGUCAUCAACACAUACAAAGAUGCUAACGACAAGGAAGGAGGUCGGGAGGACGGCAAGGUCCUCCAGUUGCCCGAAGACCCUGGAGGCCGGCUGUCAAGCAAGCUUUACAUUACCUUCAUGGUCGGCGAAUGGCCGAGGAUGCCCGCGAGCCCCGAACGAUGCAACUAUUUUCUCCGCUUCAGCUCCAAGGUCAGCGGACGCCUGACGCAGUGCGCUGAGCCCUACAUCCGUGGCGUGCACCGGAUAGCCCGGAGGCAUUUCGGGUCUGAGGAUCCGACGAAGAGAUCGGGUUACUACAACUGGUCCGAGGUUUAUGAAGCGGACGAGAAACUCAAAGCACUAGCAAGUGGACAGGAACAAGUCGGGCAAUCAGCAAAUGGCGGAGAGGGGCAGCUAUGA